AUGCUAGUGUCUGAUGAUGACUAUUUCUUGAUGGAACUCGCAUUGGAUGAGAUACUUGAUAACUUUGAAUCUCUAGCACGGUCUGUGGCAAGGUUGGGUAAGAAGUGCAAGGAUCCAGUGUAUCAUGGUUAUGAACAUUUUGUUGACAACCCAACUCAAAAUUAUCUCAAAUGGUCUGGGUGGGAAUAUGCAUGGAAAAAGAUGGAGAGGAAGGUGAAGAAAAUGGAAAGAUUUGUUGCUGCUAUGUCACUGUUGUCUCAAGAAAUUGAGGUACUAGCAGAGAGAGAACAAACUUUCAGUACAACGAAGGAGAAUCCCAAGUUUCAUAGGGUGAAAUUGCUCGAGUUUCACAGCAAGGUCGCGUGGCAGCGCCAGCAAGUGAAAACUCUAAGGGACAUGACUCCAUGGAACAGAAGUUAUGACUAUAUUGUCCGGUUAUUGGCAAGAUCAUUGUUCACAAUUUUGGAGAGAAUCAUUCUUGUCUUUGGAAAUAGUCAUCUACCAAUUGAAAAGAAACAAGAUGAUUCUCCCCCUUUAAGUAAAACUAAGAAUCAUCUCACACGCACGCGUUCCUUUUCUGCUCCAAUGCAUUCUUCAAUUCAUCCUUCUGAGCUAGUUGACAAGAAAAAGAGCAAGAGAAAGAACAAAGAGCAGCAAGUGCUUCUUCAUUCAGAAAGCAAGCAGUUCAAACACUUUGGACCAUUCAAAGGAUGUAUGUCUGUUGGAAAUGACUCUCCUAUCUGUAUGCCAACUAAUGGUGGUUCUAUGAGGUUGGUUGAUUGUCAUGUGAAGAACAUUGAUAACAUGAAAACAGUGGAUAAAUUAAAAUUUUCUCCCGUUCACAGAAGUAGAAUUUAUUUUAAACUAUCUAUGAAGGGUCGGUUAAAGCCAGCUUUAUCUACACUUGGUGAUGCAGCUUUCGCUCUCCAUUAUGCUAAUGUGAUUGUACUAAUAGAGAAGAUAGUUUCAGGAACUCACCACAUUGAUCUUGAAACAAGGCACAAUCUUUACAAUAUGUUACCAACCACUAUAAGAACCUCUCUGAGGGGUAAGCUCAAGUGGUAUGCUAAGAGCAAACAUUCCAUGAUUCAUGCAGCUAGCCUUGCAGUGGAAUGGAGUAUGGUACUCACCCAAAUAUUGGAAUGGUUGGCACCACUGGCACACAACAUGAUAAGGUGGCAUUCUGAGAGGAGUUUUGAGAAGGAGCACACUGCUUUGAAAGCUAGUGUUUUGCUUGUCCAGACUCUUUACUUUGCGAACCAAGCAAAAACAGAAGCUGCAAUGGUUGAACUCCUUGUUGGUCUACACUAUGUGUGCAAGAUUGAUAGAGAAGCUCACAUUAGAGAUGCAGGGUCUAGAUCUUUCAAUGGUGUUCAUUUGCGAAAGAAUGAGCUGUUGCAAUAA